CAAUUUGUGUGGGUGAUUUCCGCUGCAGCCAUCGACAAGGGGACAAGGGAAUGAAUGGAUGAGAGUUAUUGCUGUCUAUAUUUCGUGAAUAUUUGAUCUUUUAACCACAGCAUCCUCCAUUGUCAGAAAUUCUAGUUUGAGAGGAACCUGUUUUGAAAUCAUCAUGGCAAGUACAAGCAAAGGAUCGGCUUCAGCGUCAGCUCCAAUGCACAAGGUAUGCUGCCCAUCACAUCCACAUGCAAACCUGAUAGAAGAUUCACAUGCAGGGGAUCUCAUCUGCCCUGAGUGUGGUCUAGUAGUAGCUGACAGAGUAAUAGACGUGGGAUCUGAAUGGAGAACUUUCAGCAACGACAAGGCCAACAUCGACCCCUCCCGUGUGGGGGCAGCAGAGAACCCUCUCCUCGAGGGCAACGACCUUUCCACCAUCAUCGGUGGAGUUCUGGGAAAUGCUAGCUUCAACGAGGAUGGAAGCAAAAAGUAUCGUUCCAAAUCAAAUAUGAGCUCAACCAACAGAACGCUGAUAAAUGCUUUCCGUGAGAUAGGAGCCAUGGCUGAUCGUAUCAACCUACCCAAGACCAUUGUGGAUCGAGCCCACACUCUCUUCAAGCAAGUCAAUGACCAGCGCACACUGAGAGGGCGAAGUAACGAUGCCAUCGCAGCUGCUUGCCUUUACAUUGCAUGUAGACAAGAAGGGGUGCCUCGAACAUUCAAAGAGAUCUGUGCAGUCUCCCGAGUGAACAAGCGUGAGAUUGGACGCUGCUUCAAGCUCAUCCUCAAGGCAUUGGAAACAAACGUAGUGCUUAUUACCACCGGUGACUUCAUGUCUCGAUUCUGUUCCAAUCUGAGCCUACCGCCCAAGGUCCAGAGAGCAGCGACACACAUUGCACGCAAGGCUGAUGAACUAGAUCUAGUGGCAGGACGAAGCCCAAUAUCGGUGACGGCUGCAGCAAUUUACAUGGCUUCACAGGCAUCAGAAGAAAAACGUUCUCAGAAAGAAAUCGGAGAAAUCGCAGGCGUGGCGGAUGUGACGAUUCGGCAAUCAUACAAGCUCAUCUACCCCAAGUCUCAUGACCUGUUCCCUCAAGACUUCCAGUUUGCAACCAAGAUUGAGGAUCUGCCGCCUCCUUGAUAAUCCAGGACAUCUCCACGACUCGACUCCCUUCAAUCAUACUCUAAAUCUUUAUUACCCCAAAGACACAAAUUCCACAAUGAUGUCACUAGAUCAAGCAAGACUGAAAUUCUAUAAUUUUGUUUUAAAAAUUCACCAGGAUGCUUUAAUUCAUUAGGUUUCUAUGACACAUUCAAAAAGGUAUUUACAAGUACCAGUGAUAGUUUUGAUGUUUGUGGUUUAGAAAUCUUUCUCAGACACUAAUAAAUGUCUGAGGAAAGUGUCAAAACCAUAGACAUCAUAACUCACACCUGAACACCCUUGUGGAUGUGUCAUUAAACUAGACCUUAAAAAAAAGCUAUUGUAUUGCCCCUUGCGACCGACCCAAAAAUCUUGAAAUC